ACGACCAGAAAGAGUAAAGGUUGUACAGAGUUGAAACGUUUUCGUUCGUGGAUGUCGGAAUUUCACAUUUCUAUGUAAUCUGAUCUCUCUCUCUCUCUUCUGUCCGAAUCUUUUUUUUUUCAUUACAAGCAUCGCUUAAAAUCUGUUACCCAAUUCCUUCUUAAAUGUCUGUCUCUUGCGGUGUCGAGUGCGCUCUCGUGUUUGGCUGUUCGCGUUGGGCAUUGAAACGCUGCACCCGUGUCGGUUCAGACGACAGUGAAACCUGGCCAUUAGCUACCCACGACGAGUUCCACCCUGUCCCAAGACUCUGUCGUUUAAUCCUAGCCGUCUACGAACCCGAUCUCAGAAACCCCCAGUGCCCUCCAGACGGCGGCUACAGGCUCAACCCAGACUGGGUCUUGAAACACGCCGACUAUGAACAAACUCUCGGUCGUUCUCCGCCCUACCUUAUCUACGCCGACCACGACAGGAAGGAAAUCGUGGUGGCAAUUAGGGGACUCAACUUGGUCAAAGACAGCGACUAUAAAUUGCUUUUGGAUAACAGGUUGGGGAUGCAGAUGUUUGAUGGAGGGUAUGUCCAUCACGGGCUGUUGAAAUCGGCGGUUUGGUUGUUGAACGAGGAGAGCCAGACGUUGAAGAGGGUUUGGGAAGACACCGGGAGGGAAUAUCAGCUGAUUCUCGCCGGACAUUCGUUGGGGUCGGGAGUUGCGGCUUUGAUGACGGUGGUGCUGGUUAAUCACAGGGAUAGAUUGGGUGGGAUUCCCCGGAAUAAGAUUCGGUGCUAUGCGUUGGCGCCGGCCAGGUGUAUGUCACUAAACUUGGCUGUCAAGUAUGCUGAUGUUAUUCACUCCAUUGUCUUGCAGGAUGAUUUCUUGCCUAGGACAGCCACACCCUUGGAAGAUAUCUUCAAGUCAAUAUUCUGCUUGCCCUGCUUGAUAUUUCUUGUUUGCUUGAGGGAUACUUUCAUACCAGAAGGUAGGAAACUUAAAGAUCCGAGACGACUUUAUGCUCCUGGACGAAUGUAUCAUAUAGUCGAGAGAAAGUUUUGCAGAUGUGGGAGGUUUCCUCCAGAAGUCCGAACAGCCAUUCCUGUCGACGAGAGGUUUGAACGUAUCGUUUUAUCUUGUAACGCAACAGCCGAUCACGGAAUAAUUUGGAUCGAAAGGGAAUCAGAGAAGGCUUUGGAAGUUAUGAGGGAGAAUAAAUCCGAGACGAUAACUGUUCCUCCGAAAAUACAGAAACUGGAGAGGUUGAAGACCCUUGAGAAAGAACACGAAGAUGCAUUGCAAAAAGCUGUCAGUUUGAAUAUCCCUUACGCCGUACCCAUAGCCGGUGAAACGAUUGAGAUUGGGAUUGAGGAAAUGGAAACGGAAACAGAGGCUGUCGAAGCCAACAACGGAGAUAACCCAAAAGCCAAACCGGAGUUGAGCUCUAGAGGGACAAACUGGGAUGAGUUGGUUGAGAAACUUUUCGAGAGGAGUGAGUCGGGGAAACUAAUUCUAAACAGGGAAUUAACUACCCGUCAAAUCCAAUAGCCAACCUUUUUGUUUUCAGUUUCCUCAAAUUAAUUGAUUCUUUCAUACAUUAUAUGAUUAUUUGAAACUACGUAUAUUCAAUAUAAGAUGAUUUUUUUAUUUAUUAAA